AUGGUUCUGGAUGAUGUGGAUAGUUCGAUCCAAUUGGAAGCUUUAGUUGAAGGAUAUGAUCAGGUUGAGGGAUUGAGCCAUAUUGAAUCUCUUGAGCUCUUCCAUUUGCAUGCUUUUGGAAGAAAUUCUCCUUCAAUAGAUGACGAAAUACUAUUACGAAAGGUGGUAAGUUAUGCAGAUGGAAAUCCAUUGGCUCUUAAAGUCUUGGGUUCUUUCCUUAAUUCCAAAAGCAAAGAAGAGUGGGAAAGUGCAUUAAAUAAACUGCAAAUGUUUCCAAACAAGGACAUUACAAAUGCUCUAAGGAUCAGUUAUGAGGGAUUAGAAGAUAAAGUGAUCCAAAGUAUAUUUCUUGACAUUGCAUGUCUAUUUAAUCAGUCUUUCUCUAGAGAUCAUGCAGAAAGCAUGUUAGAUGUUGGUGAUUCCUUUGUGAAAAUACGAAUAAGUGUUCUCAUUGAUAAGUGUUUAAUUGAAAAUAAUGAAACUCGAAGAGACAAUGAGCUACGGAUGCAUGAUUUAUUGCGCCAAAUGGGUCAGACCAUUGUUGGUGAUGAACAUAAAGACCUUGGUAACCGUAGUAGGUUGUGGGAUGCUAAAGAUAUUUGUGAUAUACUGGAAAGAAAUAUGGGAACUGAAACAGUUGAAGGGAUAUCAUUCAAUAUGUCUAAAAUCAUCAGAGAUGUAAAUGUUUGUCGUGCAGCCUUCUCAAAUAUGUGCAAUCUACUGGGAUUUGUACCUUUGAAAACGUUGCCAUCAAGUUUUAAUCUCAGAAAUCUUGUUGAACUGAUACUAUGUGACAGCAAUAUUCAAAAACUUUGGAAUCGUGAAGCUCAGCCAUCUUUCUACAUCCCGUCACAGGGUCUUCCGGUGUUAAGAAGGAUGGAUCUUAGUUAUUCCAAGCUCCUCACAAAAAUACCAGAUCUGUCUCAGCUGGCCCUGAAUCUGGAAAGUAUAAAUCUUGAAUGCUGUUCAAGUUUGGUUCAGGUUCUUCCAUUCGUUCAAAGUCUUCACAAGCUUACUAAUCUAAAUUUGAACGGUUGCUCCAAACUUAGAGAAUUUAAAGAGAUAUCAAGGAGCAGAUGGUAUUUGGAUCUUGUAAAUUGUGGAGGCAUUAAGAAUUUUCUGAGCAACAAUUGUCAGCAGAAGUUGACAUUUCUCAAAAGUUUUACAAACAAUAUUUUGUCUCUCUCCUCACGUGGAUCCUACAGUUGCCAAAAGUUUCUAGUGAAUUUAACAGUUUUACAUUUGCGAAGUUUACCAAUAGAAGCAGUGCCCUUAUCAAUUGUGAGUCUCUCUGGUCUUGUUGAAUUAGAUUUCGGUGAAUGCAAAAGACUUAAAAGUCUUCCAACCAGCAUUUGCAAGCUGGAAUCUCUUGAAUCACUAGAUCUACGUUAUUGUAGAAAACUUGAAAAGUUUCCUGAAAUCUUAGAGCCUAUGGAACACUUAACAAAUCUUACCAUAUCCAGAGCAGGAAUUAAAGAAUUGUCGGAGUCCAUUGAUAAUCUAAUUUCCCUUAAAGCAUUGACUGCACAAUCUUGCAAGGAAAUUGAGUUUCUCCCAAACAAGUUGUGUGAUUUAAGGAAACUUACAUCUUUGUACCUCGAAGGUUGUUCAAAACUUCAAAAAUUGCCUCCCCUUCUAUUGGAUAUUAUAUGA